AUGGGGUUGGUUAACAGAAUCAAGCUUACCAACUGGCGUCUCGAGGUAAUUACUUUGUCGACCAUCUUGGUUUUUUGUUUCUUAUUCAAGAUUGGCGAUUUGUACAACCAGCGCAAAGUUAAAGCGUAUUUGAACGGUUUGUCAGAUUUGUUCACCAACAACUUUUACCAAUUCGGAGUUGCCCCCGACAAGUUGUAUGUCAAGGAUAGUGCAGAAAGCUACUCCAGUUACGCUACUGGCCGUGUGAACAUUGCCAAAGUGAACCUUGAGUUCAGAUUGAAACCAAGACACAAUCUUUUCGUGUUGGUAUUGGAAACUAUUAUGUCCUUCUUCACCUCCAAUGUUCAGGCGCCUAGCGAUAGAGUCGACAUCAUCAUUACGCCAUCUUCAGACGCAGAAUACGACAACUUUAUCUCGGCCAUUGUUUCCAAGAUUGGUAUGAACGAGUUUAGAAAGUUCAACUACUUCUUGUCGUUGACCAAAACUUCGGACUCGGACUCACUUCCACAAUCAUUUGUUUUCAUGAGCGAGUCUAGCGAGAUCCAAGACAAGUUGUUGUCUCCUGAAAUCAAGGACGCCUUGACCAUGGAGUCUGCAUCAUGGUUGAAGUAUGUUGCAUUCACCGAUCAGUCUGUUGAGAGACCUUCCACUCUUCUGGAGUACUCUCCAAGGCGUAGAAUAAUCAUUGCUACGGAUGUCGCUUCUUCUUCUGUUCAGAUCAAGCAGAUUUCUGACGUUUUGUCCGGUGUUUUUAAUUUGGUGGACAAGUUGGCUGCCAAGGAAAUCACGUUCAAGUCAGAAACCUUGAGAAAAGUCGUCAAGACCAGAGAGAACGAACUUGCCAAGUGGAAACGUAUUGAGGACGAAAUCAAACAAGAGAAAUUGGCGGAGGAAAAGGCCAAGUUGAAGAGAGAGGAGAGACUCCGUAAUCGAGAGUUGUCCGAUGCUGAACAGCUCAAGCUUGAAAAGAAAGCUGCCGAAAAGAGACAAAGAAAAGCCGCUAAGAAACAAAAGGUUAGAAUGUAA